AUGCCUCGUGGUCACAAGAGUAAGAAUCGUGCCCGUUGGAAGCGCCGCCAGACUCAAGGGGAAACCCAGGCCCCUGAAGAGGCGAAGGCCGCUGAUGCAGAAGAGGAAACCCAAUCUCCCUCAUCUUCCCCUCUUUAUAAGGCUUCUCCUCCUUGUGAGGAUUCUCCACCUCCUGAGGAUGCUCCACCUCCUGAGGAUUCUCCACCUCCUGAGGAUUCUCCACCUCCUGAGGAUUCUCCACCUCCUGAGGCUUCUCCACCUCGUGAGGCUUCUCCACCUCGUGAGGCUUCUCCACCUCGUGAGGCUUCUCCACCUCGUGAGGCUUCUCCACCUCGUGAGCAUCCUCCUCCUCGUGGGGCUUCUCAGCGUCUCCCUGGUCUUUCCACUGAGCUGAAUUCUCAGAGAGUCCCACCCAUCCCCAAAAUUGAUAUGUGUGUCUACUGCACAGAGGAUGAUGAGGGUGACCUGGGCGAAUAUGGUGGGUGUGGGGGUGCUAGUUCCUCAGGGGGCGCCGCAGGGGGCCCCCAGAAAGAUCCUCUCAUCAAGAGGAUGAGACUCCUGGUGCAGUUUCUGCUGCACAAGUAUAAGAUGAAAGAGCCAUUGAUCACCAAGGAAGAAAUCUUGAAGAUCAUCAACAGGCAGUACCAGGAGCGCUUUCCUGAGGUCCUGCAGAGAGUCUCUGAGCACAUGGAGCUGGUCUUCGGCCUUGAGCUCAAGGAAGUCGACCCCAGCGUUCCAACCUACCUCCUGGCCAAUGUGCUGGAGAUCAGCCGGGAAGAUUAUCUCUUUGAUAGUAAGACGUUCCCCAAGUAUGGGAUGCUGCUGCCUAUCCUGGGCAUGAUCUACAUGAAUGGAAACCAGGUCAGCGAGGAGCAGCUCUGGCAAUUCCUCAAUCGAGUUGGGGUCUCUGAUGGGAAGAGGCACUUCCUCUUUGGAGACCCCAGGAAGCUCAUCACCAAAGAUAUGGUGCAGGAAAAGUACCUGGAGUACCGCCAGGUACCCGGCAGCGAUCCUCCAACUUUCCAGUUCCUGUGGGGUCCCAAGGCCUAUACCGAAGCCAGCAAGGCCAAGGUCCUAGAGUUCAUCCUCAAGAUGCAGAGAAUGGAUCACAAGGCCUUCAAAAUCCUGUUUGUGGAAACUUGA